AUUGGUAAAGAGAAAACACAACCGACUUUGGGUAAAAUGAAGUUGAAAUAGCCGAAAAAAGAGAAAAAUAAAUAGAGAGAGAGGAGCCUUUUCAUUUCACACGACCGAAUCAAACCCCUCUCUUUCCUCUACCUCUGUACUUUCAUUUUAUUUUCAUCAUUAUUAUUAUAUAUAUUCUACUUUUCUUCGAUUAUUAUCGUUGUUAUUAUACUGUUCUCUCUUCCUUUUGAGAGAACAGUAUUAGAACUAGACUGUCACGAUCGUUGAACCCAGGUGGUCAUAGAGCAAUGGAGUCUCCCGAUGAGAUGGGAUGCCAGGCACCAGAACGACCUAUUCUUUGCGUUAACAAUUGUGGUUUCUUCGGAAGGGAAGCUACCAUGAACAUGUGUUCCAAGUGCUACAAGGACACAUUGUUAACUCAGGAGCAGGACAAACUUGCUGCGACAUCAGUUGAAAACAUUGUGAAUGGCAAUGGAAAGCUAGCUGUGACUGCAGGCGCGGUUGAUGUACAAGUUGGAAAUGUGGAGGUCAAUACAGCAUGUCCCGAAGUUCCAGAUAAUUCGGUCUUUGGUGAGAGUGUGGAGAUGAAAGCCAAGACUGGUCCUAGCAGAUGUGCCACUUGCCGGAAACGUGUUGGAUUAACUGGUUUCAGCUGCAAAUGCGGCAACCUCUUCUGUGCAAUGCAUCGCUAUUCUGAUAAACAUGAAUGCACUUUUGAUUAUAGAACUGUUGCUCAGAAAGCCAUAGCGGAAGCCAACCCAGUAAUUAAGGCAGAUAAGCUUGAUAAAAUCUAGCUAUGCUUCAUCUUUUAUCUGCAAGUCUUCGUAUGCAUUAAACUGCUUGGGUUUUAAAUAUCCUUUAGUGUCCACAAAAUGAUCUGUCAUGAUAAUCAAGGACAAUUUUAGGGAAAACCAUUCCAUGUUUGUGCUGGUUUGAUGAACACUUUGGCUCAUUUUGUAUCGGUUUCUUGCUUCGUCUGCAGUUAUUUUCUUUCUCUCAUA